UUAUUCACAUGUCCCAAUGCUUCCCUUAACCUCAACACUCCCAAUACUCAUAAAACUUCAUUAACUUCCCCAAAACCCCUCCACUUCUGUUUUUCUCUGCUAAAACACAAUGUCAACCUCAAAAUCUCCAUUUGACUAGUUCUAACUACCCAUGUAAUCAAACCCCUUUUUCCCCCUUAACAAAGUACACUAUCAGUCUUCUUCACUUACUUUCUUCAAUAACUUUUCUCUCUGUUCUUCUUGCAGGUUUUAUCCAAACCCUAGAUCUGUCCCCCUUUUAGGUAACCUCAACUACCUCUGCUCUCUACCAACACACACACACACAUACACAGAGUUAUACACAAAACACAGAGUUGCACAAAAAGACUGAUAUUUUUGCUUUUUGUGAAGGGAAAAGGGUGUAAAAUGAGUGGGACAUCAAUAUCAUUGGGGGUUGGGGUGGGGGGAGGUGGUGGAGAGGUGGGGGUGGCGGGAUAUGACUAUGGAUUCCGGCCACCAUUUACGGCGGUGCAGUGGCAGGAGUUGGAGCAUCAAGCAAUGAUAUACAAGUACUUAGUGGCAGGGAUGCCCGUGCCACCGGACCUUGUAGUUCCAAUUAGAAGGAGUUUUGAUGCUAUCUCUGCCAGGUUCUUUAAUCAUCCUAGUUUGAGUUAUUGUUCUUAUUAUGGGAAGAAGUUUGACCCUGAGCCAGGAAGAUGUAGAAGAACUGAUGGAAAGAAAUGGAGGUGCUCCAAAGAUGCACAUCCUGACUCAAAAUAUUGUGAGCGGCACAUGCAUCGAGGCCGUAACCGUUCAAGAAAGCCUGUGGAAUCUCAAUCUACUUCCCAGUCCUUGUCGACUACUAUAUCACAUAUUACUACUGGGAGCAGCAAUAGAACUGGAAGUUUCCUAAGUAAUAGCAGCGGUAGUUUCCAAAACAUGCCAUUAUAUUCCGUUGCUACUUCAGAUGUACUUAGUUAUGGAAGCACUGCAACAAAGCUGCAGAUGGAGCCUGUCUCUUAUGGGAUAAAUAACAAGGAGUACAGGUAUCUCCAUGGAAUGGCUCCUGAUGCUGAUGACUCAUCAGAAGUUUCCGCGAGUGUGAGAAGUCUAGGGAUGGGUUCUAACACAGACAACAUGUGGCGUCUAAUGCCAUCACAAGUUCCGUCAAAGCCCACAGUGAAUCCGAAAAAUGAUUCCCAGUUGCCGGGUAGCUCACCUCAUCCAUUCGAGCCUGUAAUUGAUGCAACAAUUGCAAAACAACCCCAACAUUGCUUCUUUAGCAAUGACAUAGGUUCACCUGUAAAGCAGGAGCCACAUCCAAUGCGCUCGUUCUUUGACGAGUGGCCUACAUCCAAAGAGUCAUGGUCCAAUCUUGAUGAGGAAUACGGCAAAAAUAAUUUCUCCACCACACAGCUCUCCAUAUCCACUCCAAAUGCUCAUACUGGAUUCUCUUCAAUGAGUACACGUUCCCCUAAAUGAUGCUUGAGGAAGCUGGCGCUGGACUAACUCUGAGUCGUCUCGGGUGCUGUGCGGCGAAUGGUUGUUAUUGUGCUAACUGAUCUCUGUUUGUAUGAGUUACAUGCACUUUUUAUAUUACUGGUACAUUUAGUCCUUGCAUGUAUUUGUAUUUGUGCUUCAAAUUCGAUACUCUUUUAGGCAAAACUAGAUGGCUUAUAAGGCAACUGCAGCUCAAGUUUGCCAUAAAAAAUAAUGUAUUUAUUCAAGUCAGUUUCUGGGUGAGAUGAUCAGUUUGUGGUUUCUUGCUAUGAGAGAUCAACCCAUUUUAUGGUU